AUGACCGACGCUCUCUCGGCUGAGGUUCCCGCAAGCGACCCGUCAAAUCCCGCAGGCUCCCAUGAACACCCUCCAAGAUCAUCAGUGCCACAGCAAUAUCACGCCGCGGCAAACACAAACAAUGCUCAUCGACUGGGCAGUCCUGAAAGACGAGCUUUCCCGCAACAACCACCGGCCGCUCAAUUCGCUCAAGCUCGCAUCUCCACACCGUCCGGCUCAUCCUCCGGACAUACGUCGCCCGCGCACUCCGUCCGCUCCGUCCAACCCCCCGUGGCGCCUUCACCGGGGAAGAUCGUGGUGAAGGACCUCAUGCAUAUCCAAAGCUUCGCCCUGGACGCCGUGAACCCCAGCUCCGGCCGCUCGUCUUCCCGACACUCCCGACACCCCAACGAAGUGGGACCGCAUUACGAGAUCAGCGAGAUGCCCAUCGGCGACAUCAUCGAGAUGGUGGCGGGCCUCCUGACCAAGAUCACGACUACCAACGACCGCCAACACGACUACCUCCACCGCCAAGCCAACCUCCCCGAAACCCACACGCACGGCCUCACCCAGCAGACGACCAGCAUCCUCGCCUUCCACGGCAAAAACGUCCCCUCCAUCAGCAUCCUCUCCUACCUCUCCCGCAUCCACAAGUAUUGUCCCACCACCUACGAGGUCUUCCUCUCCCUCCUUGUCUACUUCGACCGCAUGACCGAGCGCGUCAAUGCCGGUCCCAUGCUCUCCCUCCGCCAGGCCAAUCAAGCUUCCAUUGACCGCCACGCCUCCGCCUCCUACGACUCCUCUCGCCAUUCCUCCAUCUCCUCCGCCUCCCUCUCCCAACCCCUCCACUCCAACGGGCCUUCCCCCGCACACACCGCCACUCCGCCCCCCUCCGGCUCCCUCGGCCAUCCCGCCUCCCUUCGCAACUCCACACAAUCCGCGCAAUCCACUCCACCCUUCCAAACUCCUCAUGGGGAACCCAGCCCGCCAAGCCCGGCGCUGCGCAUGGAUCCGCGGCUGGAUACCCCCGAUCCGUAUAACCUCAGCCACUUCUUCGUCGUCGACAGCUUCAACAUCCAUCGGCUGAUCAUCGCCGGCGUGACAUGCGCGAGCAAGUUCUUCUCCGACGUAUUCUACACGAACUCGCGAUACGCAAAGGUCGGCGGCCUCCCCCUUCAGGAACUCAACCACCUCGAGCUCCAAUUCCUCCUCCUCAACGACUUCCGCCUCGCCGUGCCGCUUGAGGAGAUGGAGGCAUACGGGACGAUGUUGGUGGAGUUCUAUGCGCGGGAGGUAGUCGCGCAGCAGAGAGGGCAAGGGACCCCGAGGGUGGUGGAGGGAUAG